AUGCCUUCAUAAAGAGAGAAAACUAUGAGAAAUUCUUCAGCAGUAACAGAGUUCAUUCUUCUUGGACUGACAGACAACCCUCAGUGGCAGGUUGUGCUUUUCCUAUUGCUCCUUGUCACUUACAUGCUCAGUGUGGCAGGGAACCUGACCAUCAUCAUCCUCACCCUCUCAGAUCCCCAUCUGAAGACCCCCAUGUACUUCUUCCUUCGCAGCUUCUCAUUCCUAGAAAUAGCAUUCACAUCUACCUGCAUUCCCAGAUUCCUGGUCACCAUCACGACAGGAGACAGAAGAAUUUCUUACAACGAUUGUAUGGCCCAGCUAUUUUUUGUCAUCUUCUUCGGAGUGACAGAAUUUUACCUUCUUACUGCCAUGUCCUAUGAUCGCUAUGUGGCCAUCUGCAAACCCCUCCAUUACACAACCAUCAUGAGCAGCAAGGUCUGUAUGCUUCUGGUCUUUAGUUGCUGGCUGGCAGGAUUCCUGAUCAUCUUUCCCCCAAUUAUCCUUUUGCUACAGUUAGAUUUCUGUGCUUCCAAUAUAAUCGAUCACUUCAUCUGUGACUCUUCUCCAAUUCUGCAGCUUUCUUGCACAAACACACAUUUUCUAGAACUCAUGGCAUUCUUUUUAGCCGUGGUGACACUCAUGGUCACCUUGACACUAGUAAUUCUAUCUUAUGCAAAUAUCAUCCGUACAAUUCUGAGAAUUCCUUCUACAAGUCAAAGGAAGAAAGCCUUCUCCACUUGCUCCUCCCAUAUGAUUGUUGUGUCCCUCUCUUAUGGUAGCUGCAUCUUUAUGUACAUUAAGCCUUCAGCAAGGGAGAGGGUGACUUUGAGCAAAGGAGUAGCUGUGCUCAACACCUCUGUGGCUCCUCUCCUGAACCCUUUCAUCUACACACUACGCAAUCAGCAAGUGAAGCAAGCCUUCAAGAGCUUGGUCUGCAGGGUGGUCUUUUCUACAAGUAAAAGACUGUGA